UCGCUCGGGACCGGGCGCGUCUUUGAGAGGAUUCAGCAUCGAAUCGUGUCGCGCGACCGCUCGCACGCGAGAGGCACGGCACGGCGCGAGGGAAGGGGUGGCGCGGGGACCGUUUCUUAUUUUUUUUUUUUUUCGCGAAUCAGCCGCGAAACUCCGCGAGAGGUUGCGCGACGGCCUUGACGGGCACGCGCGUCGGGAAAUACGCGGGCGAUUAGAAUAGAUAUAAAGAUUAUAGAGCGGCCGGGCGCGGAAAUCCCAGAAAAAGAAUCAGCGGUUUCCUCGGUCUCGGUGUGACGCGAGAGGCGAGAGGAGAGAGAAAGAGAAAAAGAAGAAAGGAAGAAACCGCGAAGAUAGCCGCUGCCCGCUACUGCGACGCGGCGCGAUGCCGCGCGCUGCCGGGCCGACAAAAGUCGCGGCCGCAGAUAAGGAUCCCGCGAGUGUUCGCUCGAUAUUGGAGCCGCGCGACGUAGCGCCGAAGGUCGUCGGCGACGUACAGCGACACGCAUGAUCUGACUGACUCCGGAUCAGAGCACGCGGGUGUGUUUCGGCCACGUUGCGUUGGUGCGUGCGUGCGUGCGUGCGUACGCGCGCGUGUGUAUGGUGUGCGUGCGAGAGACUGGAUCGUUCGCAGAAUCGCAAACGAGUCUCUAUCUUUCUCUUUCUCUCGCCGAGAUCUUGGUGGAGACUAGUCGUUUAUUAUUAUCGCGCUAUACGACGAUCCGUUCUCCAGUCGUUGGUGCCGAGAGAAAAACUGAAUUGAAGCAACGUUUGCGCGCUUGUAUCUUCAGUCGAGAUCGUUUUGAUAUAACUCUAAAAGGUUGUCAAGAUUGUUAAUGCGGGUACAUGUGCCUGAGGGCAAGGCGCUCGCCCUACUUUUCCCGGGAUAAACCCUAAUUGGAUGCAACGUGACGCGGAAGUGACGGUGUGCUGAUCGCGAGGAGAGCGGUGGAAAUCGAAAAUCUGAGGCGGAGAACGGAGCACUUGGGUGGGACGUGCGGCGAAGAGGCCGAGAUAUGGAAACGACGUGAAGCGUCGAAUAUCGCGUGUCGAUAAGAUCGUGGAGUCGAUCGCCUCGAGAUCGUCGCAGAAGCGGACAAUCGCGCUCUCCGAGCACCUUUGCGAGUGGAAGCUUGAUGAAGUGCGGUUUUUCUGACGCGGUGUUACGUCGACGCGCGACUCACGUGGCGAUUUCGAGAGCGGGGAGCGUUGAGACGACUCUCGUGAAAGCGAUCUGUCUUCGCGAUUGCGAAGCCAGCGAUUCAGCGUUAUUCGGAGAAAACGCAUGAGAUUCACAUUAGAACGAAGUUUCUGAGAUCAAGAAGACAUUAACUGAAGAAUUGAACGUGCAAAAGAAACGCGUAAAGACGGCCUUUAUUAAUUCUCUUUGAGCAGUUAUUUAUAUUACUUGUAAGAAUAAGAGAAAUCCAGGCAGCAAACCAUGGCCAAUUCCGCCCAAAUUACGUCGAUCCGAAUCGCGUUGAGGCUGCAACGCGUCACGAUUCCGGACUGUUCAUCCGUGAGCUCUUUGGAGGAGGAUUACGGAUCAACCGAGUCCGAGGAUAUGUCUAUUAGCCCGGACACGUCUUGCCGCUCAAGCGCGGACGCGGACAAAAAUUUUAACCUCGACAAGGACUUCCGCGAGAAACUGACCAAAGAUAUAAUCGAAAAGUUCGAGAAUCUGCAGCUUGCGAUUAACAAAGAUACCAACGAGAACGUUGGUAUCGACAAGACGCGCCGCAUCAGUAGCGAAAAAGUGGACAAUACAGAGUAUCGGGACAGUUGCAAGUCGCAAACGGGCCAUCGUGCUAAUAACGAGGACAUAAACAACAACAAAAACAACGUCACGGCUAAAAACAAUAAAAGUUGCCUGCCGCUUAACAUACGCGAUGACACCGGUGAUAAGAAGCGUCGCUCUUUGUACGAUAAUAAUUCCUUGAACGACGAUUCGGAAACCGAACAGGCGGAACGACAGGAGGAGCAUGAGGACUCUGACGAUUCUGAUUUGAUCGAACGAGGACCGAUUAAGCCCAAUAAUGUCCAAUCCCCUCGGGAACACCCAUACUCUAUGAUAAGCUGGCUGUCGCGUGAAAACAAUGACGCGCUGGACUACGACAAGACGGCCGAACAGAUCCUGAGGAUCAAGGAUUAUAGCGAGAAACUGAAUCCCUGCUUGGAUCAGUUGUCGGAUUCGAGCCGAAAUCAGGCAUCGAUCGGAGCGAUGGGUCUGGCGAUGAAUAUUAGCUGGACCGGAGAAAAUAACAAUGAUAUCUUCCACAACGGAGAUCUUGGAAACGAUACCGCGGCACUUCCUUCCAUAGUCGUCGACGAGGGAGAGGACUUGAUGGACAUCUUGUCGCGUAGCGAUUUACAAGCCGCGCGGGUGCUCUCAGACUCCGGCAGUCACUCAAUUCCAUCACCAGGCGCGAAAACCUGGUCCGAUUCCCCGGCAAGCAGCUACAACUACGUCAUCUCGAGGUCGAACAGUCGGGCGUCGAGUCGCGCCCAGUCGCCGGGCUCUGCCACGAACUUGGAGUCGCCGCAGAUGCAUGUCAACAUUAUUGGCAGCCCGCUCGGUUCGCCGCAGGUCGCAUCGUCGUAUCGGGUGCCGCGAGCGUUGUCCUCCUCGUCCUCGUCCAACCAGUCUUACAGCGACGUGUCCAGCCCGUCGAAUUACCAGACGCCUCUGAGUUAUCAGAACGAGGAACAGCUUGGCGAAUCUUUAUCCGGUUGGAAAGGCGUCUACGAUUCCUCGGGAUCGUCAACAGUAACGAUCGUCAACAGUAGCGACACUAUCGAUUUGCUCCAGCUUGUAGAGCAGGUCAUAGAGGAGGACAAGCAGAGCAAGACGUUGAAGGAACCGCAGGUUGCCUCAAACGCCCCUUCCUUCUCGUCGGCCUACAACAACCAGUGCGUAUCCGUGCGAACGUUGAGGAGUGAUCUGAAUCCCGCAUCACGCGAAUGCCCCGCGAGCAGCAUGCGAAGCGAUAAGCUGGAGGCUUGCUUGGGCGUACCCAACGCGAACUCCAUCCAGGUCGGCGGUCUGCCCAUCGACGGCAGUCUCGUGUCGGUCUACGCGAGCAAGGGAAGCACCGGCGGAUGCGCGAUCGUGAAUCGUGCGGUGAACGGGCACUCGGUAGAUAUCGAGCCAAGGUAUUACGAGCCGAACGUGAAGAACGGUGGCCAGGUCAACAUUGUGCCGCAGCACGACGCGAACACCCUGCACGAGAUCGGACUGGCCAAUGAGACAUCCGCAAAGACUUCUGAACAGAAUUUGCGCGCGUCGCAGGAGAAGUACACGAUGUUCCAUACCGCUGGUGGAGAGAAGAGAUACGACCAGUCGCCGUCGAUGUUUGUACCUAGCGACUAUGAGAUACCAACGAUGGUCUCUUCAUUUGUACCUAGCCAUCCACAGAGGAACUCGAAUCGAGACAUAAUACCGUGGCCUUCGCUGAAUUUGCCAUCUGUAAGAGCGAGCGAGAGGCUGAAGGAAGGAUUGCGUCCUAAGGAAGUGGAAAGAGCAAUGAGUAAUCUGCUGAAGAAGUCCAUAGAGGAACUAGCGGCCACGGACGAGGAUGGUGACACAGCACUGAUGUGCCUGGUGGGUAAUCCAGAGGAGUUAAAGAAGAAGAAAGCUUAUUUGGUGCCAUUGGUUGAGAGAUUGGGCAACUUGCCGGGUGCUCUAUCAAUGGUGAAUAAUCGCAAUGAGGACGCUUUGUACUUGGCCGCCAUGAAUUGCCCGAAAAUGCCGUACGUCACCGGAUAUCUGGCGGCCGCGAUGCUGCAGAAAGGGAUCGAUAUCAACCAAAAAUUAUAUCAUAUGCGCGGUGACACGCUGAUACACUCGGUCGCGGCACGCGGCGAUUCCCACGGGGAGAUCUUGGCGGAGCUGCUAGCGUUGAAGACGGUGCAAGGGAAGCCUGUGUUCGACCUACUGAGGCGCAAUAACGAUGGGAGGACCGCUCUUCACGUCGCAGUCGAGUCGCACGAUCCCACCGGAAGGGGCGUCAAGUCCUUGGCCACGACGCGUCUUCUCUUGCAGAACGGCGCAAAUAUCCUGGUGAAAGAGAACAAGUGUGGCGACACCGCUUUACAUAUGGCAGCCUCAUUGAGUUGCGAUCCAGCACUCGUGAAGGUGUUGCUGUGCAAGGCCACUUCGAAUGUCGUGAACGACAUCAACUACAUGUAUAACACGCCGCUGCACAUGGCCGCGUCAGUCUCGAAUACCGUAAACUUAGAGAAGCAGAAGGAGGUCUGCCGACUCCUGAUACAAGCCGGAGGUCAAACGAACAUAGUAAACCGGCAAGGGAAGACGCCGCUGGCGCUCGUGUCGCCAGAAAGAAAAGAGGCCAUCAAGAGGAUAUUCCACAAGAAAGCGUGAAAAUGAUAGACGCGGAAAUGAGAUGGUAAUGAUAGUGACGCUCGAUGAUGAGCUCUACAUAAGACUGAUCUCUGCGGAAGUAUUUAGGAGCGCGAACUUGGACUCCUUAGCGCUUUCCGCUCCAUUUCGUGAACUGCUGCGGCAGGAUUCGCGACGUUCAUCACGAGCAAACCCUCAAGACUGUGACUCAAGCCGGAAAGGAGUACCAACGAUACGUACAACUUUAUUAAUAGCGUGAAAUUGCGGGGAAAUUGUUGUAGUCCCCUUCCCCCCCCCCCCCCGAGUUGCCAGUCAAUAUGAAAAAACGUAAUUUACUACGCUGGAACAUCUUUGUAUUUGCCUUGUCUGUUUAACACUAGAUAUGAACACAAAUCUUUCUUUUUAAGUACCAACUAUCAAUGUUCUUCAAACGGAAGAAAUGAAAAAUAUACAUGUUGCAUACAUGUAUUUAAAAUUAUACAAUAUUUUCUGGUUUUUACUUUUAGAAUUUACUAUUCUAGUUGCAAUCUAGUGAUACGUAUAUAAUAUAAAUUUAAUAUAAAAAGAGACUAAAAUCAAACGGGCACAUUCAACUAAACAUACGAAACAUAAAAGUUAGUGUGUCUCAAGAUAUCUUGGUGUUAUAUGUCGCUAUGCCUUUGACUUAACAAUUUAUGCAGUUAAAACAAAUAUUAUUAUUCCCUUAAAUAAUAUAAUUGCGUAAUUAUUGCACUCCAAUAUAAUGGCUAACGGAAGCGGAUAUUUCUAAUACUUCAGACCAAGUGUUUUCUAGAAAAUAAAAUUAUUUGAUUUCGCUUAUCUAAUUCAUAAUAUUUCCUUCUCUUUAUUUCUUCUCAAUUAUAUGAGUAAUACCAGCUUGCAUUCUUUUGGUUUACAGUAUAUACUUACAGUUUGGAUGUACAGAAGGUACUUUAUUCAGUUGCUCAAAGAUUCACUAAAUCACGAUAUUAGCAAAGCGAAAUUGUUUUAUUCUAAUAUUUACCGUGUCUUUCUUUAAUUAACGUGUACAUAUCAUUUACUAUCUUGUAAGCUAACGUUUAAAUAUGUAUUAGUUUCAGCCAUCGAACGCCUAUAUAUGUAUAUAGUGUAAAUUUUACUCUAACAAGCCAGCUUUGUUCCACGAAGCGAGUUUCCCCGCAGUUUCCCUAGCAACUCAUUUGUUACACUGACAACAACGGGAAAGAAACGUCUCAUUGAGAAGUUUCCUUUAAUUUUCUCCUUUGUAUCACAUUAUUCGUCAUUUUUACUCGGAAACGCGGGCUGAAAAGAAUGAAGUGCUAAAUCAGACAGCUACAAAAAUCGUUACGUGGAACACUCGUAAAUAUUGUUACGGCAUAUAAGAGGGAAUAAAUCGUGGCGCCAGUUUUUUUUAUUAAUAUAUACUUCCCGGUUGUUCCACAAAUCGAAAAGCUGGCGUCCGCGCCGUAAAGAUACCAUGGUGCGCGCGAUGAUUCCGCUAUAGCGAGCGGUGCGGAAGUAUUGCGGCAUGUUGCGAAAGCGUGUAUGCGUGAAUGCGCGAGUUUUGUUGGACGUGCGUCGAUAAAAGUGUGCUACAUUAGCAUAUAUGUAAAUCGUAAAUACAUUUUUAUACACAGGACAACUGGUGUGCGCCGUCUGUGGUAUUCCCGUCUUUUCCGCACCGCGAGCGAUGUUGUAAUCCCCUGUUUAAUUCUAUCCGAAUCGCUUCGUGCGAUGUAUCAUAAUGCACAUUGAAUUCUCGUUCAUUGAUAUAAAUAUAAUGGCAGUGAUCGAAUAAAUCAAACGUUUCGAUACGGUUUAGACAGCAGAAUUCGGAGGCCCUGAUGUAAAAAUAAAAUAGGAGCGAGUCGGACUGAUGGAUACUUGUCUAUUCCCAUAAAAAGUAUUCUACUGUUAAAAAUAAAAUAAUAGUCAAAAACGCGUCACAUUUUGUCUUGAAAAAGAUCACAUUUUAGCGGAUAAUUUUUUAUUCAAUUAUAGCGUAUUUUUAUUAUCCCUAAAAAACGGGAAUAAUGAUUUAGUUCUACGAUUUCAACGCCUGUUGUGUCUAAUGAUCAAUCCGCCACUGUUUAGCAGCUGACCUAAUGUAGAUUAACACAAUUAUUAUUCUCAGCAUUUCAAAGUGAUGAAUUAUUAAAUUUACAAAGUUAAUGGUUGCACAACCUCUUAUCUUGAUCCAUCACACGAUUUCUUUUUCUUAUAUAUUUGCGUCGCACAUGUAUAAUGACUUAAUUCAGGGAAUCGUAGGUAUUACAAAUUAAUACAAACUAAUUAAUCUGUAAUUUAAUUUGUUGUUGCGUUAUCAUAAUGAUUAUAGCGAGCAUGUCAACAAUUUUUACAAUUCUAUAACAAUCACAUAUAUGUAAUUGUAUAUUGUAUAUAUACAGUUAUAUAAUUUUCUAUAAGAAUCAUAAUCUCUUUAUAAAAUGUUCAAUUUGAAGAUGUAUUUAUUGUUCUUUCUACGUGUGACAUUGCAAUAUUAAUCUAAAUAAAGAUUAUGUGUUACUUAAGCUAUAAAUACGUUUAAAAUUAUAUUAUUAAAUAUAACGUCCUUUUAUUUUUACAUUCGCAAUAAGCACGUAAGAAAUGCAGAAGUAAUAAUUACUUUGAAUGUUAUUAUACCGAAGCCUUCUCACAAAUAACUCUCAUUAUGAAAAAAGGAUAGUCAUAUAAAAUAAUACAUUGCAGACAAAAAUCAAUCAAUAAAUCUUUGUUUAUCGUAUAAUAUAAAUGUAAGUUAUAUCUCAUCUAUUUCAUAGGUUGUUCUUCAAUUUCUGUUGACCAAUCCGAAAUUGGCCGAAAAAUGUCGAAAUACUUACGAUUUUCCAUGUUAUCAGAAUUUCAAAGCGGAAUAAAAUUGAUUUAACUUGUU